UACCAUCAACGGUUUCGAGUUCACAUGCUCUUCUUUGUUUGCGCUCCCAAGAAACGCCUCUCGGUCUUCCUGCGCGACGCAGCGAAGCGCGAAUUCCGAGAAACUAUUGGAGGUCUCAUCUUUAGAGCGGUGAAAUUGCAACAAAAUGGUUAAGGUUGAAUGCACAGACAGCGGGAAUUCUUCAGAUGUUGAGAUUUUGGAUCAAACUGUGCCUUUGGUUGGUUCCUCAGGUUCAAAGCCCUGUUCCGGGCUAAACUUAGUAAAGGAGGAAACUCUUCCCAGCUCUUCUAGCGGUCAUUUAAAAUCAUAUUUUAUUGGAAUGGGAUUUUCGCCAGCUCUUGUUGACAAAGUUAUCGAGGAAAAUGGUGAAGAUCAUACUGAUUUGCUACUGGAAGCUCUUCUUAAACAUUCUGCCCUUCAGAAGUCAAGCCCCAAUGCAUCAAAUUCUCUGGAUGGGUUCUCCAGUUUUGACGAUGAAGAUGAUUCACCUCUUGAGUUCACCACAGAUGAUAGUGAGGAAAAUCAGGAGCUCAAUGUGCCUUCUAAUGUUGAUCCGGACAAGAAGUCAUAUCUAUUGACUAUGGAUUUUUCAGAGGAAGAAGUUGAUUUGGCAUUAAGUCAACUUGGUGAAAAUGCUCCUUUAACAGAACUUGUAGACUUCAUAGUUACUGCCCAAUCAGAAGGGUUUCCAGGACAAAAAGAAACAAAUGCCUCAUGUAGUGGUGAUGUUGGGAAGAAUGAGGAAAAUACCACCGAGGCCCUGUUUGGGAUGAUGGACAAGACCCUUUAUCUGCUUCAAAUGGGUUUCACUGAAGAUGAAGUAUCAUCAGCUGUUGAUAAUUUUGGUCCCGAAGUUCCAAUGUCAGAGCUUGCUGACUCAAUUUUUGCUAGCCGAAUUGCUCAUAGAGUUGAUAAAGAAGAGGAUGUAGUAAAUGAUGGAAUUAGCAUAAAAAAUGAAUCAGAUUAUCUGGGUAAUGCAACAGAAGAUUGUUCAAAAUUCUAUUUUUCUGUAACUGAGACAUGGGAAACCAAUGCAUCAAGUUCACAUGCUAAUUUUGACGAGUAUGAAGAAAAAGCCAGAAUAAAAAAGGCUAAACAUGUGGUGGUAGAUGACAAAACAGCUUCCACCAGUAUCGACAGGCAGGCAAGAUUGGUUAAGAUGGACUCAGCCUGCCAGACCAAGUCUAAGUCAUACAAUAGGCAAAGGGAUUCAGCAGAAGCAGACUGGAUUAAAGAGGAAAUGCCUGAAGAGAUGACACCUAAUCACUAUGGGAAUGUUGUCCUACCAAGACCACCUUAUUUCUUCUAUGGAAAUGUUGUGGAUGUCUCACAGGAGACAUGGAGAAAAUUAUCACAAUUUCUGUAUUUGACUGAACCAGAAUUUGCAAAUACUCAAUUUUUUUCAGCCAUUAUCAGGAAAGAAGGAUAUAUUCACAAUCUUCCCACCAGGCCCCGAUUUCACAUCCUCCCCAAGCCACCUAUGACAAUUGAAGAUGCACUGCCACAUACAAGAAGGUGGUGGCCAUCAUGGGAUACUAGGAAACAGUUAAGCUGCAUCAGUUCUGACACCGCUGGUGUUGAUCAGAUGUGUGAGCAGCUUGAGAAAAUGCUGAGGGAUUCAGAAGGAAUGCUGUCCAAAGAACAGCGGGCAAACAUUCUUCAUCAGUGCAAAACAUUGAACUUAAUAUGGGUUGGCGAACACAAGUUGAGCCCCAUCAGACCAGACCAAGUAGAGCGCAUUUUAGGCUAUCCAAUGCACCAUACUCGGAUUUGGGGUCUGGAGCCAGCUGAAAGACUCACGGCACUCAAAUAUGGCUUUCAAACUGACACACUAGGCUAUCAUCUUUCUGUCUUGAAGGAUUUAUUUCCAGAUGGCUUGAGGGUCUUGUCUGUUUACAGUGGAAUUGGAGGUGCAGAAGUUGCCUUGCAUCGGCUUGGUAUUCACCUUAAAUGCGUUGUUUCAGUUGAAGCAUCUGAUAUUAACCGAAAAAUCAUGAGGAGGUGGUGGCACAGCACUGAUCAAUCUGGAGAACUGAGGCAAUUAGGAGGCAUUGAGAAGCUGACCAUUCGGAGGCUUGAGGAUUUUGUAAAUGAAUUCGGUGGGUUUGACAUCAUUAUUGGAGGGAACCCGGGAACUUGUGCUCGUGGAAGUUCGAACAUGAAUAGCUUAAUGGGGAUGGACCUAAAUCUUUUCUUUGAAUAUGUCCGUGUAUUUCAACGGGUGAGGAGUAUAAUGGGAAGAAACAGCUGAUGCCUGGUUUUGUCUGUUACCUUGUUCUUCUUAUUCAUUUUAUUUAAAUGAACAGGACGUGUUACAUUGAAAUGGCAUGGCUGUUAAUAGUCAGCACAACAGCUGUGUGACCGAUUCCUUUGCGGCAGAUCUUCUUAGAUGAUUUGCGUGCAAUAUAUUGACUGACAUUGCUUUCAAAAUCGUCGUCUGGAUGCUUGCCGACGGGACUGCUUCCUUAUCCACUAUGUGAAAUGAUUAGAGCAAAAGCAGACGGAAGUUGAUAAGAUCUCUAGGAUUGACCAAGAACCUCAUUGAUCCUGGGAUUUGGUUUAACAUAUUUUUAACCACCGAGGCUCUUAUAUGAGAACAAUCUGUAUCAUAAAGCUGGUGGUUUUUCGCUGCAUCUACUUCAUUGAUAAAUAGAUGUGGAAUUUUCUACUCACAGGCAUUGCUUAAUAUAUAGCUCAUGGUAUUUACUUGUGUCAA